CCACCCUGCACUGAAUCUCGUGCUGCAGUGUGGCCUCUCUCCCUGGACCUCCACUGGGCCUCGGAGGAACCAGGCAGAGCUUCCUGGGACCAUGGUUGGAAUGAAGCCUUCAGAGAUGCCUCCCACAACAGCUGUGAAGUUCCUGGGGGCUGGCACGGCAGCCUGUUUUGCUGACCUCCUCACCUUUCCACUGGACACAGCCAAGGUCCGCCUGCAGAUCCAGGGCGAGAAGCAAGGGACCCAGGUGGCCCGAAGCACACAGUACCGUGGCGUGCUGGGCACCAUCGUGACCAUGGUGCGCACGGAGGGCCCGCGAAGCCCCUACAAUGGACUGGUUGCUGGCCUGCAGCGCCAGAUGAGCUUUGCCUCCAUCCGCAUUGGCCUCUACGACUCCGUCAAGCAGUUCUACACCCCCAAGGGAUCAGAAAACUCCAGCAUCACUAUCCGGAUUUUGGCGGGCUGUACCACAGGGGCCAUGGCAGUGACCUGUGCCCAGCCCACGGAUGUGGUAAAGGUCCGAUUUCAGGCCAGCAAGCACCUUGGAUCCGGGAGCAACAGGAAAUACAACGGAACUAUGGAUGCCUACAGAACCAUCGCCAAGGAGGAAGGAAUCAGGGGCUUGUGGAAAGGAACUUUUCCCAACAUCACACGGAAUGCCAUCGUCAACUGUGCUGAGAUGGUGACUUAUGACAUCAUCAAGGAGAAGCUGCUAGAGUCUCACCUGCUGACCGACAACUUCCCCUGCCACUUUGUUUCUGCCUUUGGAGCUGGUUUCUGUGCCACAGUAGUGGCCUCUCCAGUGGACGUGGUGAAGACCCGGUACAUGAACUCACCCCCAGGUCGUUACCGCAGCCCCCUCGACUGUAUGCUGAAGAUGGUGGCCCAGGAGGGCCCCACAGCCUUCUAUAAGGGAUUCACACCCUCCUUUCUGCGUUUGGGAGCCUGGAAUGUGAUGAUGUUUGUAACGUAUGAGCAGCUGAAACGGGCCUUGAUGAAUGUCCAGAUGUUACGGGAAUCUCCAUUUUGAAUAAGACAAGAAGGCCA